CGCCGUGAGCAAGAUGGCAGCCGGCACUUUCGCCGGCUCUUUGGCCGUGGCUUCGGCUGUGCGCGAGUGGCGGGCUCUGUCCCGCUUCCGCCUCCUGUGCCGUGGCGGCGGAGUCCGCACGCUUGCGACGCCCGCGCCCCUCCAAGGCGGCGGCGGAGGAGGAGGAGCUGCUCAGCCUUUCUGGGGUGGGGUUGAGUCUUUGGCCUCGUCCGCGCCCGUGGUGUUUGUGGAGUCGGGCAUAGUGACGCUGCAGGCGGCGUCGGGGCUGCCCUGGUGGGCCGCCCUGGUCGCGACCAGCGCUGUUCUCCGCACCGGCCUCACCCUCCCGCUCGCCGUCCUGCAGUACCGUGUGCUCGCCAAGUUGGAAAACUUGCAACCUGAAAUUCAAAGCCUAGCCAAGGAACUUCACUGUGAAGUUUCAGUCUAUGGAAAACAGUUGGGUUGGUCUGAAAAAGAAAAGAGGUUCCAAUUCAAGAGGAACAUGAGAAGGAUUGUUUCAAACUUGUACAUCCGAGAUAAUUGUCAUCCUGUCAAGGCCAGCCUACUUGUAUUGGUACAGAUGCCAAUGUGGGUCUUUGUUUCAGUUGCUUUGCGUAAUUUGAGCAUUGGCAGGACGGCUUCUGAAGGGGAUUUCAUUCAGGAGCAGCUUUCUACAGGAGGUGUGCUUUGGUUUACAGACCUCACUGUACCUGACUCAACUUGGAUUAUGCCAGUUACCCUUGGACUCCUCAAUCUGUUCAUAAUAGAGUUAUUUGCUUUGCGCAAAACAGAAGUAUCCAAAUUGCAGAAGUAUAUCACUCACUUCUGCCGAGCCGUGUCUGUGUUAAUGAUCCCAAUUGCUGCAACCGCACCUUCGUGCAUAGCCUUGUACUGGUUGUCCUCAAGCUUCAUGGGCCUCUCACACAAUCUUCUGCUGCGCUCUCCUGCUUUCCGUAGACUCUGUGCCAUACCUCAGACCAAGUCCCAUUCAGACACUCCUUACAGAGAUCUUGUUUCGGCUUUCUGUGCGAAGUUUUCCAUCAAGUGAAAUUCUUGAACAUUGGGAAGAGCUGUGCUGUUGACCCAAGUGACUGGAAUAGAAUUAUGGUCAGUUGAACAGGAUUUAUUUAAUGUGUCACUUCCUCUGAACUAAUGAGAACUGAGACAUCGUUAUUUUUAUAAUAAAGAAGUACAUAUCACUGGAAGGUACCGGAAAUUCCACUGAGAUUUCAGGAGAGUGCAAGAAUACUCAUUACCUCUCUUACUAGCUAUGAUAUAAGCGGUUAACACAUAGGUUUUCAAAUUGUAUACAGAUUCCAAAGCACUUCUAUACAUGUAUUUGUUCUGUCUUGGAUUCCUGAAGUCUCGGGUAUUGUCAUUAAAAAUAAAAAAUUAUCCUUACA